GGGAAGUGUAGGGUCGAUUCCCACUGCGUUCUUCCUCGUCCCUGUGAAUGGCUCUCGUCUUUAAUGGACAACCAGGCGAUCCUCCACAAAUGUCGUCCCGGUACGGCCACCUUGUCCAAGCCGCAGAUACUCGAUCCUUCCUGGUCCAUGAACAUAGACAUGACGGAAAUCAGACUGGCCACGUUGGCCGAAGUCGAAUCUUUAAUAACGAAGCCGAGGAAAGGCCCUGUACAUAUCACAGAAGACACUUUUCUCAAAUACAAGAAACGUUUCUUCGAUGUCAACGAUAUGAAAAGACCUAAAAGGAAUAUCCCCGGACCGAUCAACAACGAACGUCCUAAAGUCAGCGCUAUGGAUAUUCUUGGUGAAGAGGUGACGAAUCAGGUCCCGACGCCGUGCCGUGCUUGCGCCAAAAACGACAAACCCGAGAGGUUCCAUUCACACCCGAAAGGAGGCCCUAGGUCGAAAACUUUGCCGAGGGAGAGGAAUCAAGCGAUCAGGAACGCCGUUUCAAAGCCGGUCGCGUUAAAGUACAAAAGCGGAAAAGCGCGAGAGCCGCUCAAAGCGCAAGAACAGCCCGGGGCGAAAAUCGUCCCCUCGCCUCGUCACAAACCAGCGCAGACUUUAGCCACACAGCUCAUUGUUCCUCCUGCCGUGACCAUCGAAGAACCCGCUGCCAAACAGGGACGACCUUCGCCCAAAAAGUCCGUCAAAACUUCCAUCAAGGUCUUAGAUGGAAAAGUUGCUGGUAAACUUGGAGGGCAAAAGACUCAGGUGGAUGUGCCAAUUCUCUCUGCUUACGAAGAGGGACAACACUUUUGUAAGAGGUGCGGUAAAACUUUCGGUACGGACGAAGAAAAAUUUAGAGCUCAUUUAGAAGGAUGCAUGAACGAAUGGGACGGCAUACCUGCCAGCUUAGAGGACGACCACAGCUUUUCAAGCGGAGGUUUGACGCAGGAGCUAGUUACCGAGGAGGAUAAAUAUCAUAUGUACAUUACACUUUUGAAACCUUGUCCUAUAUGCAAUAGGAAAUUUUUUCCUAACCGACUUGAGACUCAUGAAGCUGCCUGUCGAAAAAUCAAUAGGCAUUCCAGGAUUUGAAAUACAAUGCCGGUGCUGAUGGUGCGGAAAUGUACUCCAGUUUUAACAUGAACUCAAAUAUUAAUACUUUUUUCAAAAGUGAGUGAAUGAAAGUGAAUAAAGAGAAAAAAGUUAAUAUAAAAAUAAAACGAAACAAUGUAUAUUUUUUGGUGAUACAUUUCUAGAAGUGAGAUAUUUUUAGCAAAUCAUAUUAUGUGCUAGAGACUUUUUGUUGGUUUUAGUCUGCACUGAUAUUCGGUAUGUUACAAGGGAUAUAAACCUACGAAAUUGAACAAUUGC